CCAAUUGUGCCGUCUUCUUUUGCAUUACAAGUAAUGAUAUUUUACCAGCGAAAACGUCAGGGAAGUGGUUGCAGUGUGUGUUUUCGUUGAGUGGCGUUUAUUCGGCAAGCAGGAGCAAGAAAACUUCAAUCGCAAUCAGUGCACGCAGACGCGAUGCCGGCCGGAAACGCUGGCGGCGGCGGCGGCGGCGACGCAUCUUACCGCUCGCUGUUGGUCCGGGAGGCGGGCGAUCGCGUAUACCGCCCCACCACGGUGGCGGGGGGCGGUUCGAUCGCCGCCGCCGGCCUGCUGAACGGCUUUAAGAGGGCCCUCGGACUGACGUCGGCGCCGCUGCUGGAGCAUGUGGGCGGUUCUGGAAGGGGCCCAGUCAUCGUCUCCAGGAACCCAAACGGCACGAUCAGAACCAUGCCAGCUUCGGGAGUCGCCGAAGAAGCCGCCCUUCUGGGCACUAUGCCGUCGGACAGUAUGGACGACAUCGAGCUGAAGAAUAUAAAGCUCCAGUUUCCUCACGCGAGGUCGAUGUCGCGUGAGGACUCGAUCGCCGUGGAGGAAACGGUCGAGACAGAUCGAGGCAAUGUCGUCGUAGCAGUGCAAGGCAACCGGAAUAAACCUGCCAUAGUCACUUACCACGACCUAGGCCUUAACUACAUCUCCAAUUUCCAAGCGUUCUUCAACUAUAUCGACAUGCGAGCCUUAAUCGAGAACUUUUGUAUUUACCACGUGAACGCGCCUGGUCAAGAAGAAGGCGCGGCUACUUUGCCGGAAGACUACGUGUAUCCCACCAUGGACGAGCUGGCCGACCAGCUCAACUACGUCACCACCCAUUUCGGCCUGAAACAGUUCAUCGGGUUCGGAGUGGGGGCCGGCGCUAAUAUCCUCUGCCGCUACGCGCUAGGCCAUCCGGAACGCGUAUCCGCCCUUUGUCUCAUCAACUGUGUCAGCACUCAGCCUGGAUGGAUAGAGUGGGGCUACCAAAAGCUGAACACCAGACAUUUGCGAUCCAAGGGUAUGACUCAGGGUGUGCUGGACUACCUCAUGUGGCAUCAUUUCGGACGGAACAACGAGGAAAGGAACCACGACCUGGUGCAGGUCUACAAGAACUACUUCGAGCGGAACCUGAACCCGACGAAUCUGGCGCUGUUCAUCGACAGCUACGUGAAACGGACGGACCUUAACAUCCAGCGCGACCUGGACGGCACCAAGAAGAACCAGUACACGCUCAAGGUGCCAGUGAUGAACAUCACCGCGGCAUAUAGCCCCCACGCGGACGACACUGUUACGUUCAAUGGCCGUUUGGACCCGACGAACUCGUCGUGGAUGAAGAUAUCCGACUGCGGCAUGGUGCUGGAGGAGCAACCCGGCAAGGUCAGCGAGGCGUUUCGCCUUUUCCUACAGGGAGAGGGAUACGCCGUACACGUGAGGCGACGUUCUAGCUGUGUGACGACCAGCCCAAGUUUUUCUCCGGCGCCGUUGUCUCCCGCCAAAAUGGCGUUGUUCCGCAAACAAUCGCUGGAGGAGAUGUUCAAAUCCAAGCUGCAUUCGGGCGGCCACAAAUGGCCGCUCGGCAUUAUCAUUAACAUAACGGAGAACCCGAUCGCGGCCGUUGUCUGCUAAAAAAAAAAAGUUUCAAAGCCUCUGUAUUGAAAUUUACACGACGGACGGAGGUAAUUUGUAUAUCGCAGUUUUUUUUUUGUUUGGGAUGGGGGAGGCUUGACGCAAUGGGUAAGUUCCCGUUCAUAUCCAUUUCGACAUAUCCGGGUAUUUUUUAAGGUUUGAGGUGAAUCGACUGUGAUAAAUUUCAAUACAGAAAUAUUAUAUACGUUGGCCACUGCCCCACACACACACACACAGACACACACACAUGCAAUAAAUUCGUGUUGGUCCCGUUUAAAUCAGCGGAAUUCUCAUGUCCGGAAAAAUUUUGCGAGUCCGAAAGAAAACGCCCUUCAUGGUUAAAAAUUCCAUUUAGCCAUAGUGAAUUGGACCUUUACUGAAGGUUGCCAACGUCUGAUAUGCGACUCAAAGAAGAAAAAAAAAAUCUGAAACCUAACUAAUAUUUCAAUGGUUAUCCCAAGGCCUGUGGUGUUGCCGGUUGUUGGUUGUUCGAAUGCUUUGAAGCUUUGAGUUAUGUGAGGUAUUGGGUUGUGACGAACAAAGUCGCUCAACAGACCGAGGAGAGUAAGAAACGUUAUCAAAACGCUAACGUCCCACUUCUAUAUGAGACUGUCAAAAGCAAAGAGACGUAGACUUCAAUUGAGUUGAAACAUCUUCAUAAUUUUCUGCAACAGCUCUCUUUAACAGGAUUAUGAAUAUUAUUUUGCUGGCAAUACUGCAAAUUAAGACCCCAAAUUUCAAUAUUGUUAUAGAUCUUCAUUGGAGAAACUAUUACAUUUGUAUCGACAUUGAUGAUCUGCCAGUUUGCCAACAAUUUUAAGGGCGAACUAACUGUAGAAGUCUGUGAAAUGUAGUGACCUCUCGGCACCCCAGAAGUCACAUCCAAUCACACCGGUCGUAAUAAUUUGGCACAGUCUAACAUACUUUGCCAAAACAAAAAGAUCCCAAAGUCUCCCAUGGGUUGAUGGAAUCGUCUAAGGCUAAGUCGAUGCAUCACGACCAUUUUCCAUGGUCUCAUUGAUUUUCCGGACGCAAUAAUUUUUCCGGACUCCGACUAGGGUCUCUCUAUUUUUUUAUUUCACUAAACACCAUCGAAGCGAAAUCGCGAUGAUAAUUGUCACAGCCAGUGUGCAACAAAAAAUGCAGCCAAUUUAGCCCGUCGCUUUGUUAGGGUACAACUUUUACAUCUUUCGGAGGUUUCGUUAAUACGUACAGGGUGUUUAAUAUUUUGUACGCCGUUAGCUAGCUAGUAGGUCGUUGCUUUCCUCGUCGCUAGGACAGUGUAGGGUUUUCAUCCUCUUUAAAAAACUGAAGCUUUAUUUUUCAGUUUAUAAUAUAGAACGCCUCGUUUGUAUCGAUAUAGGAGUUGUUGGAUUUAGUUAGUUUGUUUUCGGGAUGUAUUCCGUUACGACAUGUGAAUAAAAAUAUAAAAAUAUGAAAUGAUAUAUAAAGCGUAUUGUGCCUCACUUCGUAAAUUUUAUUUGAGCACUCAUUGAUUUUAAUAAAUUGUUGAGAAAA